GAACCGACAGAAUCAAACGACUCGUCACGGUGUACGUUCACGACAACAUCCGUUGUCACUUGAUUAAGGAUUUCGAGGAUUUUUAUUAAUCCUAUAUAAAAUCCACAGUAUCAAACAAUUAUGGCGCAAUAUUUGAACUGGAUCUAUGCGAUUGUACUAUUCGUACUAAUUGGUAUCGUUCGUCAUUCAUCAGCAACAAUAGCUCAACCUAGAGCUCCUAAUUUUCAAUAUUUCGAAAGGCCAAAGUACCGUUAUCCUUUCUACGAUGAAAAUGGAAGAGGUCGACUCCUUUACGGAUACGGAGGAUCAGACUUGUACCAGUAUAGAACCUACACAGCCUUAGAAGGAAUACACUGAUUAAAAGAUAUAAAAAAUA